UUCGUCUUCAAUUUUUAUUUGAAUAAAAAUUUUUAUUUACAUUUUACCUACAACUAUUUAAUAUUGACAAAAUUAACUCACUAUGUAAGCGUGUAAUAGUAAAUAUUUCAAAUUUGAGUUAUUACUUAUUAAGUAUGGCAGAAGAGGAGAAAUUGUUCCCGUUACACGAAUGUGUGUUUACUGGAGAUGUUAAAGAAUUUGCAAGAAUGUUGAGGACUGAAGAUUUGGCAAAAAAAGACAAACAUGGUAACACAGCAUUACAUCUAGCCAUCAUGCUUGGACGCAAAGAUAUGGUUCAUCUACUGCUUGCCCAUAAUGCUCCAGUUAAAGUAAAAAAUUUGUGUGGGUGGACUCCUUUAGCAGAAGCUGUUAGUUAUGGUGAUCGUUUAACAAUAACAUCAUUAUUAAAAAAAAUAAAACAUCAAGCAAGGGAACAAAUUGAAGACAGACGACCUAAUUUAGUAUCUGCAUUAAAGCAGGUAGGAGAUUUUUAUAUGCAAAUCAAAUGGGAUUUUCAAAGCUGGGUACCAUUAGUUUCACGAGUAUUACCAUCAGAUCUUUGUCAGAUUCAUAAAAAAGGCACAUCGUUUAGAUUAGAUACUACAUUAGUAGACUUUGCUAUGAACGAUAUGAAAUGGGAACGUGGAGAAAUAACAUUUUUGUUUGAUGGUGAUGCUAAACCAUCCCAAUCUUUGACAGUUAUGGAUAAUAAGGCUGGUGUCUAUCAAAAAGUGCGGUAUUUAGAAACUGAAAUGGAAAUUGAAGAUGAAGUUGAUUUAAUGAUGAGUAAUGAUAUAAUGGCAGCUCAAAUGUCAACUAAAUCAAUUACAUUUUCUAGAGCUCAAUCUGGUUGGAUUUUUCGACAAGAUAAAAAAGAAACAAUUGGGGAUUUUAGUGCUGAUUUUUACCAUGUAAAUGGUUUAGUAUUGGAAUCAAAAAAACGAAGGGAACAUUUGUCAGAGGAAGACUUGCAAAAAAACAAAGCAAUUCUUGAUAGUCUUACUAAAGGAGGAUGUUCAAUAAACAUUGAUUGUAAUGGAGAGCCAGUUAGGAGGGAAUCACUUCCUCCACCUAAACCAUCAUUAUGUACUUGGCAAGAAUAUUUAGAUACUCCAGCUGGCCAACCUCCAAAUUUAGCUAGAGAAAUGACUUGUAAGAAUUCAUCUAAAGGUUUUAAAGCAACUGUAGCAAUGAGCAAUGAUUUUCCAUUAUCAGUGGAUAUGCUUAUGGAUGUACUUGAAGUUAUUGCUCCAUUUAAGCAUUUUGCUAAAUUACGUGAUUUUGUCAAUUUACGUUUACCACCAGGAUUUCCAGUAAAACUAGAUAUUCCUAUACUACCAACAGUAUCUGCAAAAAUUACAUUCCAAGCAUUUGAAUUUCGAAAUGAUAUAGAUUCAGAACUCUUUGAAGUGCCAUCAAAUUAUGUAGAGGAUCCAUCCAGGUUUCCUGACUUAUGACGACCUGGUGACAAAUCAUUGACUCAACUUACUAUGCAUCCUGUGAUUGAUGUGUGUUGUUACAUACAUAAUAAAAACUAGGCAUUGAUUACUCUCCUUCAAGUCCUUUAUUAUUUUGUGUUAAAUCUAAAAGGCUUAAGAAUUAUGACAAUGUUGAUAAUUAACUUCUUCCAAUUUCUUUUGUAAAAUCUUUAUUAAUCUUACCAAUUGUAAUUGCACUGAAAACUGUAUUUAUUGUUUAUAGUUACGUAAAAUAACUGAUAUUUAUAAAAUUAUAGUUUAAAUUUGAUCCAUCCUUUAAUGUUUAAGUCUUUCAUGUAUAAUUGUAUUUGUUAUUGCUAGUAUUUUUUUUUUUUGUACUCUUGAUGCAUUUUUUUAGUAUGUAAUUUAUCUUAGUACGGCAAAAAGUAUUAAUUAAACUAAAACCAUGUUACAGUAUUUCUAUUAAAUGUAUUCUUUUCUGCAGUUUUACAAUGUUGCUGAAAAAUUGUUUUUGUUUGUUUUAGUUGUAUUAAGAAAUUUUUUUAAGUUAAAAAAUUAUUUGUAAAUGUAUUGUUUGUUGAAAUACACUCCCAUCUAUU